UUGAUGGGAUUGACAAAGUAUCAGUUGCCAACUCAGAUGGGAUGAAUCCGGGAUCUCAAACUCCUCCUUUUAAGAGGAAGGGCAAAUUUUCAGCAAUUGGUAAAAUCUUCAAACCGUGGAAAUGGCGAAAGAAGAAAACAAGUGAAAAAUUUAUAGAAACCUCAGCAGUGCUGGAAAGAAAGAUAUCAACAAGGCAGAGCAGAGAGGAGCUAAUAAGAAGGGGUGUCCUAAAGGAAAUAAAUGAGCAAGAUGUGGAUGCCACAGUGAAUUAUGAAAUCUCUAAUGGGCACACGAUAGUAAUUACACAAGAAGCUAUACAGAGAAAUGUAAGAACUGUAGAAGACAGUGGUUCAUUAUCAGCAAAGGCAGCUGUUUCUGAAGAGAAAAAGGAGGACAAAAAAGAUAAGCCUCUUCCUAAAGGCCUUGAAACAUCAGCUGUAUCUGUUUCUCCUCUUCUUCCUCCUCUACCAGCACCUCCUCCUAAACCUAAGCCUAAAGCUAAAAAAACAGCCAUUCCUCCAAAAAACGCUGCUGCUGCUACAACUAGCCAUAAAACUAACGAAGUGUCACAUGCUAAAAAAAAGGGCACGUCUCCUUCCAAGCAGACCUCUGCCCCACCUGCCAAGCCAACAAGCCGCAGUGGGACUCGAGAAGCUGCUAUUUCCUCUAAUUUAAAGAAAGGACAUGUUUCCAAAUCAUCAUCUCAUUCUUCCACAUCAUCUCACUCUAAACCUUCUAAAGAACCAACCACAAGCAAAAGCAGCACAGGGACUCCCAGGGAUAAGAAGAAACAUGGGAAACAGGUAACGACACGAACACCAUCUGAUGGGGACAUCACUUCUGCCUCCAACACGACAGUAGAGAAUUCGAAGACCAAAGUGGAACUCUUUAAAUCAGAAGAAUCUCUCCAUAUUAUCCCUGAAGCUGGGGACACAACCCAGAACAGCACUGUGAUUGUUCCUCCCCAUCCUCCUGCUGUUCCAGCUCCUCUUCCUCCAUCCGUCCCAACUUUGUCUCCAGGCUGUGAGCCUGCUGGCUUCUCAGGCACAGAACAUGUGCCAGUUAGUAUUGAAGCAGGCCCAUCUGUGCCUGGCACACAUUUAAACGAUCUUCAUAUAAAAACUGAAGCAGACACUGAAAGCGCUUCAAGCAAUGCUGUCUUAGACCAUAGCCCGGAGAUUGGGGGAGAAGACACAGAAUGUAAUUCUGCUAUCAAAGAAGAUCAGGAAAAAGAAAUCCCUGAGCAAACUAGUCCUCUUCUGACAGAUGAACUUUCUGAAACUUCUGAAGAAAAUCCAGAAAUUGGAAACAGCAAAAAUAAUCAUACCAGUGACUCUGAUUCAGAUGGGCCUAUACUUUAUACAGAUGAUGAUGAAGAUGAUGAUGAAGAUGCAAGCAGUGAAAGCUCUUUAGCAACUAAAAUACAUCGUAGGGAUACUCUUGCAAUCAAACUUGGCAACAGGCCAUCCAAAAAAGAACUGGAAGAUAAAAACAUCUUACCGAGAACAUCUGAAGAGGAGAGACAAGAACUCAGACAUCAGAUCGGCACAAAACUAGUGAGGUAUUGGCUGGGAGAAAAAAGGGAGAAUAAUAAAGAGACUUCAGGCAGAGGAAAAACUGUUUCUCAGCUUUUUGAAUAG